AUGGUGGUGAGCACGACGUUCCUGGCGAUGGGCGGCUCAGUCUCCCUCCACAGCGAAGCAGAACAGCCUCUAGUUGCUCGAUCCUUGGUCGCCAAGGCCUCCGUCGCGAUCUCCCGUUCCACCGCCGGGGUGAAGCGGGACACGGAAGGGAGCAAGCAGAAAAAACUUGCCUUUCUCGAGAUCGAACGCAUCGCAGAUAUCAUCGAGGACUUCAAUAUGGUUCUGGUUAUUAGAAUUGGCUUGAAGAUGGGAAAAAGGAAGAUUGCUGCUGCUCAAUGCAGAGACACCUCUAGAAGGAUGACAUUUAUGUCAGUGUUGUUUUGCCUUCGUGUAUUUGCUUUGCUUUCAGCCAUGUAUCUUGCACAAAGGCUCCACAGGUGGGAGAUGUGUGGACAAGUGAAGGUGGUAUUGAAAAUUGAGAGUGAUGAAGAUCGUUUUGUCCUGCAGCUAAGACUCUGA